GUGUAUCAAAAAGGAAAAAACAUUGUCAAUUUUACCAUUAAUUUGGCUUUUCGGCGACGAUUUGCAGCAAAAACAGAAAAUAUGACAACAACACAGACGAAAGUUCAAACGAAAGUCGAGGACGAAGGAAUAUCCGAGUUUGUCGUUUACGAUCAAGAUGUUUCCGAGGAGGAAGAUGACGGCGCCGGAUAUUUCGUGGAUCAAGCAGGCAAUUAUUACUACAGAGCACAUCGAAAUGCGACGCCUGUGCCUGCAGAUCCGCCCGCCGAAGAAGAAGAAGAGCCCGUAACGAAAACUGAACAAACUGAAGGCGAAGACGAAGACAUGCAAUAUGUGCUUAUCAUGCCCGAUGGCAAGACAGAAGACGGCGAAAAGGAAGUUUACGACUUUGACGAGGAAGUUGACGAAGCACAAGUCGACGAAAAGGGAAAUAUCAUCACGGUUGUCAAGAAACGCACGUCUUCGGGUCAACCAGAAGUCUCGCACAUGUGCAAUUAUUGCAAUUACACAACGAGCAAGCGUUACCUCCUGUCGCGUCACAUGAAAUCUCACAGCGACGACAGACCUCACAAGUGUUCCGUGUGCGAACGUGGCUUCAAAACGGUCGCAUCGCUGCAAAAUCACGUCAACACUCACACAGGCACCAAACCGCAUAGUUGCAAGUUUUGCGAUAGCUCGUUCACGACUUCUGGCGAGCUUGUGCGACACGUCAGGUACCGACAUACGCACGAAAAACCCCAUAAAUGCACGGAAUGCGACUACGCCAGCGUGGAAUUGUCCAAAUUGAAGCGGCAUAUCCGUUGUCAUACCGGCGAACGACCUUAUCAGUGCCCUCAUUGCACAUAUGCCUCGCCAGAUACGUUCAAGUUGAAGAGACAUUUGAGAAUCCAUACUGGCGAAAAACCGUACGAAUGUGAAAUUUGCAAAGCUAGAUUCACACAAUCAAACUCCCUGAAAGCACAUAAAUUGAUUCAUAGUGUUGGAGAUAAGCCAGUAUUCCAAUGUGAACUUUGCCCGACGACGUGUGGGCGCAAAACUGAUCUUCGGAUUCACGUUCAAAAGCUUCAUACAGCUGAUAAGCCUCUCAAAUGUAAGAGAUGUGAUCAAUCCUUUCCUGAUCGUUACACUUAUAAACUCCAUUUAAAGACCCACGACGGCGAAAAAUGCUUCAAAUGCGACUUAUGUCCGUACGCUUCGAUCUCCGCGCGUCACUUGGAGUCCCAUCUCCUCAUCCAUACCGACCAAAAACCCUAUCAAUGCGAUCAGUGUGACCAAUCAUUCCGUCAAAAGCAACUCCUGAAGCGUCAUUACAACUUGUAUCACAACCAAGAGUACGUAGCGCCCGCACCCAAAGAGAAAACUCACAUUUGCCCGACCUGCAGUCGCCCAUUCCGUCACAAGGGGAAUCUCAUUCGACACAUGGCAGUGCACGAUCCCGAUUCGCAAAUGCAUAAACUUUCGCAGGAGCUCAAGGAGGGCAGACAGAAGCGAAUUCAAAUCAUCGACGGGCAAGAAGUGAUUACGCAUGUAAAAGCUGAAGCGGAAACCGAUGAAGAGGACGAGGAAAGCGAGGAAGACAUGGAUAUGGAGCAUGAGGAACAAGUUGUUGCCAUUCAGGGCGAAGAUGGACAACAGUAUGUCGUGUUGGAAGUCAUUAACAUGCAAAAUCAGGAGCAAGAAGGCACUGAAGGAGCGUCAAAUGCUGCUGGAAACAACGAAACUGAACUCAUGGGAGAGGAUUUUCUCUUGAAUGAAGAACUCCAUGAAACAACUCUCAAUGACCCGAUCAAACAAGAAAAAAGUGGAAAAGAAGACUGUUUCGGAUUUGAAGACGAAGAAGAAGAAAUGGAAUAAAUUUCAUCAAAAUAUGAGCUUUACAUAAGUUACAUUUGUAUAUUAGGCGCUUUUCUCAUUUAAUUAUUAGCAGUCAUCAGUUUUAUUGAUUUUUUUAACGUCACUUUAUUAUUAAUUCUAAUUUUUAGGAUAUUUGGAACUAAAUGGAAUCUUUAAAGAGCUUGAAUAAAUGAUUUAAGA